AUGAAUGACGAUGAUAUUCCUGACCUUGUUCUCGACCAACUACCAGAACACACAAGUGUUGAAUCGAGAAACAAAAAGGUGCCAGUGACAAUCCUUACAGGAUUUUUAGGAAGCGGUAAAACUACGCUGUUGCUUGAUCUAUUGAGUGAUCCUACUCAUGGAAAACGAAUCGCUGUAAUCCUCAACGAGUUUGGCGAAAGUGCCGGAAUUGACAAGAGUAUGAGUGUUGGCAAAGAUGGUAAAAUCAUGGAGGAAUGGCUAGAGCUUGCCAAUGGAUGUUUGUGCUGCUCUCUCAAAGAUGCUGGUGUUAAAGCCAUUGAGAAUUUGGUAAAAAGAAAGGGCCAAUUUGACUAUGUUUUACUGGAAACAACAGGACUUGCUGAUCCAGGUCCAAUCGCAUCACUGUUUUGGCUAGACGAAGAGUUACAGAGCGAUCUUUACCUUGAUGGAAUCUUGACCAUUGUAGACGCCAAACACAUUGAGCAGUACUUGACUACCCAAAAUAAGCACAACUCGAUCAACGAGGCUGUUAGGUUGAAGCAAAUUGCGUUGGCCGAUCGACUAGUCAUCAACAAGUGCGAUCUAGUAGACACGGACACAGUAAACACUGUGGUUGAAAAAGUCAAGUCUAUCAACUCUUCUGCUCCAAUCUUAAAAACUGAGCGAUCCAAGGUUCCUGUCGAAUUUAUACUUGAUUUGCAUUGUUUUGAGCAAGUAGAUAAUGACCCUUUUACCGACCGUGUUCACCAGCAGACUGCUCACAAGAUUGACGAGUAUGUAUCCACAGUUAUAUUCACAUGCACGGGAGUUGUAACCAAGACAAAACUGGAUCUAUGGAUCCAAGCACUGUUGUGGGAACAAACUCUUCUCAAUAUAAAUGCUUCUCUACCACAGCCCAAACUAUUGCGUCUUAAAGGUGUUGUGGACGUUAUCGGACAAGAUCGCAUGUGUAUUGUUCAAGGUGUUCAAGAAAUGUACGAUCUGCAUGAGGGGGGUGCUUGGCCCAACGGACCAAGAGUCAACAAAUUUGUUUUGAUUGGUAUGGAGCUGGAUAAAGAACUUUUGAUUCAAUCGUUCACUAAAUCAUGUCUAGACUGA